UAGUUAAAAACAAAUAUGCUAACGAUAAUUUCAUUGACACGUCGAUUAUUGUUCGUUUGGCCAUACUGAUAAUGAUAAACAAUAUCUUCAAGAGUAAUAUACGCGCACGCGUAUGGUGGAACGACGUAUCGGAAAAUGUAUAAAUAAGCGGGCUCGCUCGCGAGCGACAGCAUUCAGUCUGUCACAGUCGAUCGGCUGGUUAGUUGGUUUAUUAUAACAGACUACUGUUGCUGUUGCUUUUGUUUGCCGGUGUCUUACGAGCAGAAAUGUCAUCGCCUACCCAAGUGAUAAAAUGUAUUGGACCAAAAUUGGUGCCAUUCUUCAAGAGCGUGUCCGUGUACUUUGUAUUACUUGCUGAACAGCCAUCUGUACUGACGGCUUGUUUAAAAUGUUUACCAAUAAUAAGCCUCAUUUUUUUUGUUUUGUUACACGGCAUCAGUUUGUCCAAAGAAUAUACUUUUUCCAGACGUAUACUGACGGGAUUGGUGUUUAGUUGCAUGGGUGAUGCAUUUUUAGUAUGGCCUAAUUGUUUCAACGCGGGGAUGUGUAUGUUCGCCGUAGCUCAGAUUAUGUACAUAAUUGCAUUUGGAUUUAAGCCCCUCAACUUAACUCUAGGCGCAGUACUGUACACGUGUUGUUCUAUUGUUAUAUAUGCUCUGAUGCCCGGAUUAAACGGCGUUUUAGCGAUAGGAGUACCAAUUUAUACAGUAUUACUUACCACUAUGUCAUGGAGGGCGAUAUCACGAGUACAAUUCGUUGGGGAAUUAUGGACAUGGACUAAAUUAUGCAGUUGUAUCGGAAGCAUUUGUUUUGUGAUAUCCGACACUUUGCUCGGGUUUCACCACUUCCACACUCCAUUACCUUAUUCUCAGAUAUCUAUUAUGUUGACGUACUACGCGGCGCAAUUAGGCAUUGCAUUAAGCGCGGUAGAUUCGAAAAACAACAGUAAUAACAGAGUACCUGCUAAUAAAGGCUGAAAUAUCUACAUUUAACAGGUGUUAUCUAUCAGAUGGAACAAAUACAGAGCAAAUACGAAGUGGACUUUUAAUCUGUCCGCUUUUAACUAUAUGCAUAAUUUUCCUUCAGAAAUCGUUGUGAUAAUGUGUCUUAGACAUGUUAAAUACUUCAUAGCCAUAUUAUCGAAAUAAAGAAGCUCAAGAGCGUUUAGAGCGGUGGGAUGUACCUUUGACUAUAGACAGACUUAGACAUACAUACAUGUAUAUUUUUUGUAUCAUUAAUAUGAUACAAAGGUAGAGACUUCAUACUAACUAUAUAUUUGUUAUUGUGAUCCUAUUUUUUUGUAUUUAUAGGAAAAUAUUUGAAAACAAUAUUACAGAUAAACAUAGCAAGAGAAUAUUUUAAUAGGAAAGACCAGAAUUAGUUAUUUCACAAGAAGUAGUGAAAUUAAUUUACAUAUUACAUAACGUCAGGCGAACCCUCAAUGUUAGAAUCAAUAAGACAGAAAGAUAUAAAAAGAUAGAUUAGAAAGAUAUAAAAAGAUAGAUUAUAAUAACUAGUUCUGAUCCACUUGACUCGUAGUCAACAUCUUUUGACGCAUGUUGAUGUGACGUUGGUUUUAUCAUUAUAAGAAGUGUCACAGUGUUAUUAGAAUUAUUUCAUGACUGAGGAAGAUUCCUUUAAGUGUAAAGAGAAGAUAUAUUAGAUCGUUACUCUUAAAUAUUUGUUACGGAUAUAUAAUAUUGCAUUUAAGAUAAUAGAAAGAUUAUAAAAUUACAGUUCCCUCGUUUAUAUAUUCAAGCCAAAAUACAAUAGCCUAUACGCGACAUAUGCUGCGAACAACAUACAUAUGUAAUAUGUUCUAAGGAAAGAUAUUCUUGUACACAUAUGUUACAUAAGUGAUCUACAUUCAUUAUCUUCGUACGUCAAUGUAAAUUAUCAUCUUACGAACCGUUAGUUGUAACAUAGCUAUAAAUACAUUUUAUCCGUAUUAUAGAAGGACUAUAUUGAUAUAUGUUGUGCAUUAUUGUAUAUAUAUCAUAUUACAUGAUACAACUUGUAUCUUUAUUGUAAUAUGAAUCGUUAGCACUGCCAUUUUUUUUGGCAAACAAAAAUUGAACAAUUGCAUGUAAAAAAUACACACACACACAUUUUUUUAUACACAGAAACUGAAUUAUGGUUUACAAGAGAUUCAACUGA